GAACGAAUCCAGGCAUUUCCGACCAUCCGCCUCUACAAGCGGGAUGGGACGUUCGAGCAGUUUCAGAACAAGCGAAGUGUCGAGAACAUUAUUGAGUUCUUGACGAACACAGUCAGGAAUAGCCACCUCAUGAUUGCGCAGCACCAUGCUAUGUUCGACCAGGGCUGUCAG